GUAGUGCCUUAGACCGCAGCGUCACUCGGGAGCCCCUUAUGCUACAUACUUGUAACCUUGUAUCAAAAACAUUUAGUUGUUGAUUGUUUGAUCAUGUGUGCACUUGAUGUGGACCCUAGACCCCGUCACUCUCCCUCCAUAAAACACUCCCUAAUAAAAUAUCGCGUCACUUCCUUGCCGAUCCCUUAGAAAAAGAAAUAUUAGAAAGGGACGAACGACGCUGGAAAAGAGCGAGAAUAAGCCAGAAUAAAGGAUAAAGAAGAAAAGACCGAUGAAAAGAGGAAUAGUGAGGCGGGAGGAAGAGAAACACGAGCGUAAUCAAACUGUCAUGCCACUCCACAAGUCGGCCCACAAGGCGCCUCGCCUGGACCCCACCAUGAUCUCAGCUCCGCUGGGGGACUUCCGCCACACCAUGCACAUCGGGAGGGGAGGAGAUGCUUUCGGUGACACCUCCUUCCUGGCUACUGUUGGCCCCAGCCCUGACCCUGGGUCUCCGGGUGCCACGGCAACAAACGACUCAAUGGCGCCCGUUGAUUCCGAGACGCCACUUAACCACACUGAUGAUGUCACAGAUGGCUUCGGAAGCACACUGAACAGUGAGCUUCAGCAUUCCGAGUCGGUGUCGUCUUUCACACUCGAUAUGGAUUUCGACCUGGGCCCAUCCAUCAUGGGUGAUGUGCUGGGGGUGAUGGAUGGACUGGGGCUGGACUCAGACUGGACUAGGACUCGCGCUAAUGAGGAAGACGUCUCCAGUCCAAGCAAAAGUCUUGUCGUUGAAGUGGAGAAUUUUAAAAUGGUGGCGGAGGAUCAGUCUGUCAGCAUAAGGAACGAGCUGAAUGAGAAGAAGCUUUUAGAGAUCGAGGGAGAUGAGGUGGGACAUGGAAGGAUAAUAGAGGGGACUGGAGGGAUCAAGGCCAAAGGCCAGAGGCCGAAGGUGAGAUUCAGCGACAAACGAGAGGAGAUCAUUCGCCAAGCGUCAGAGGAGGAAGGUCAGGGGUUAGAUGUUGAGGAAGAGUAUGUGAGUCCCACCGAGGAAGAUCGAGAGAGAGGGAACAACGUCAUCGGCUUGCCAAUCGUGGGGAUAGAGGUACAGCCCACCAACCACAAGGCAGAUUCACCUUCCAGUCCCGCCUCCUCACACAGCUCAGGGUAUGAGGGUGUCACCCCAUUGGACAGGAGGAGGGUUGACAACUGUCACUCAGAGACUGAUUCCGAGGAGGAGGAGGAGGAAGGGGGAGACAAUGGACGGGGCUACACAUUUGAAGAUGAGUUUGAUGAUGAAAUCGGCCUAUAAGAGUGCUAUGGGGCAUCUUACGUCAAUCAAUGAGAGGAUAAAAUGGUUCCUCGUUGGUUGUGAACUAUGUACAGUUUACUUCCUCUAUGCAUUGUUCUGCAAAUUAUCAUUCAAAAGGGAGGUUUAACCAAAGCUAAGUAUUUCAGAAGAACUGGUUAUUUGAAGAGUCUCUGUUGAAAUAUUUUUGGGACCAAAUUGCUCCUUUGGAUCCUCAGUCAUAGACAUGCAGUUAGUUAACAGUUACUACAGGAAUCCGUUUUCAUUGACUUAAUCUUAUAAGCUCCAAUUGAUGGACAGAAAAAUUUGACCUAUGAAAUAGCCACCUAUGUAUUGACAUCAGAUUUGAAAUGCUACAUUUUUAAGACCCUGUACUUCAAUUGAUUAUGUCUCAAUUGAAAAUACAAAGAAUAGCCUAGUAUUGUUUUAGGCCAAGCAGGUUUUAAGUGAAUAAAUAGCCUAGUUUGCAGCACUUUAAUUCAUUUCAAGAAACUGGAAGCUUUACUGUUAAAUCAGUGCUCAGUUAAAGAUAAUGACAGUUUUUUAAAUGGUGUUUCUUAAGAGAAAGUGCAUAUGAUACAGAAAGACCAGUAUCUUAUGCUGAAGGUGCCUUAAAGGGAGUCGUUGUUCAUAUCCCUGUGUUUUAACUCACCAUAGCCAUGUCUUCCUUCUUGAUGUUGUAUUUUCAUAUCAUGUAUUGCUCAGAGCAAAUUGCUUUGUUGUCUGUUUUGCAUUGCAUCUUAAUGCUCUUUAGAAACAAACUAAAUGAAUCAGCCUUUUUAGGACAAAUAUAGAUUUCUUUGCCACCUGUUUCUCCACCUAAUGCAUGGAAAGUGUAUUUUUUUUCCUGAGUGAUUUUAUUGUUAAAUGCCACUGGGUUGUUCCACAAAAUUAGUCAUUUUAAGGUAGUGUAACUUGGUUAAAAAAAUAUAUAUAUUUCACCUAAUUUUAACAUUCUGUAAUGAUGAGCACAUUUUCAACUUAAUAAAACAUGUUUUCCCAUCUCAAUAUAAUAUAAGUGCCAAAUAAAGUAACAGGGUUGACUGUAACAGGGUUAAUGAUUUCAUCUUAAAUCAGCCAUAAAUCACCUUGUGACAGGGGGAAUGGAAGCUUAUUGAUUGCAAAAGGGAGGGGCAAUUCAAUGCAAGGUUCAAAACAUUUUAUUAAGUUAAACAUUAUUAGCCUGUAGCAGGGUUGAUGAGUUAAAGCUCGACCCACUCAGUUUUUCACCACAAAACACCAGAAAAUGGCCAAAAAGAGUAGAACCAGCUCACCUGCAUCUACACUGAUUUGACUAUUAGUUUAUUUAAAAAUAAAUAGUUUUACGAUAUUAAGACAAGUUCAGUUCACGUAACAGGGUUGACCUUAAAAUGAGUGACCUUUAAAAAAAUAUUUGUAAAAAAAAAUUACCUUAAUGAAUCACUAAACUCAAGAAAUAAAAAAUUAUCUUCAGAAAUGACUCAGAAUAAGCAACAGAAUAACUAGGGUUUCACAAUUUUGGGGUGAAGUGGAUUAAAAUCUUCUGAGAAGUCAGUGCACAGAGGGACAUGUCAAUGCUGAAUUGUAUUCAUAAAAAAAUCUGAUUUAUAGAAUUAUCCAUGUGGUCUACUUAAUUUUAAUGUAACAGGCUUUUAAAUCCAAUAUUGGUGCACAAUUUCUACUUAAAAUAUCAAAGGAUGCAAAAGCAACUAAUUUCAUGGAACAACCCUACUCUGUUUAUGGAUACCUCAUUUUAAGAAUUUCCUCUUAUUUAGAGCUUUAAUAUCUAUGGUGUUUUCAUGACAUAAAUCUGUCAUUCCUAAAAAAAAAUGUAACUGAACUGUUCACAUUCCAAUAUUUAAUUUCUCAAGUCAGAAUUUUUCUGACCUAAAUUACAUCCAAUGUAGGCCUAUUUUUAUUUGAAUGCAUUUAGCCUGUGUAGUCAAUUACAACAGUUCUUAGUUUUGUUUUUUUAACAACCACUGACAAUCUCUGAAAUUGAUGUGCUUCAUAUCAUGUUUUGAAUUUCAGUUGCAAAGCAUAUAUGACCUUAUAUUUAAUGCUUCUUUUGGACCAACAUCGUACAAGGGGGUUGGGUUGAAUGCAGAAGACACAUUUCAGUUAUAUGCAUUCAGGUGCACAACUGACUAUCCCCCUUUCCCCUUACAAGUAAUGCUGUAGGGAGACGAGGAGGGGGUCUGGAAAGAAUUGUCUCUGGACAUGUUCUUUAUCUCGUGAUGGAUCCUCUUGGAAAUGCUGGUUACUUCAAUAAACAUAUUUUCUUACAGCGUAA